AUGAGGAAUCGCAUCAGGAAAACACAGCCAUUUUGUCACGAGGAUAUGCAAAGUGCCGUAAAAGCAGUAAUAACCGAUGACAUGAAAAUUAGACCUGCUGCCAUCCGAUAUAGAGUGGAUCAUGUGACACUAAGCCGUUACGUUAAGAAACAGAGAGCCCUCGGAAAGAAUCAGGAAAUUAUUAAUUGCAAGCCACACUUUCAGACCCGCCUUGUGUUUACGAAAGAUCAAGAGUCCAUACUUGCUGAAUAUUUGAAAACCUGUGCGAAAAUGUGUUACGGAAAAACUACAAGAAACACCCGUGAGCUGGCUUAUGAAAUGGCUACGCUUAAUGGAAUAAGAGUGCCAGAAAGCUGGCAUAAAAAUAAAUCGGCUGGUUUAGAUUGGAUGCGAGGAUUUUUUAAGAGAAAUGGAACUUUGAGCAUAAGACAACCAGAGAACUGCUCGUUGUCAAGAAUGACAUCUUUUACUAGACCAAAUGUGGAGUUAUUCUUCCACAACCUGGAAGAAGUUUUAAAUAGAUUUGGUGAUCAACUCAAUGGCUCUCGAAUAUUCAAUCUGGAUGAAACGGCCACUAGCACAGUUCCAAGCAAAUCUGUAAAAGUCAUCGCCCAGAAAGGUGCAAGGACCGUUUCCAAUGCAGCAUCUGCCGAACGUGGAAUUUUAGUAACUACUACGUGCAUUAUUAGUGCAUCAGGAAAUUCGAUUCCACCAGCCAUGGUAUUUCCACGUGUAAAAUUUCGGGAUCAUAUGCUAAUGAAUGCUGUUCCUGGUACAUUGGGUUUAGCUUCACCUAGCGGAUGGAUGAGUGCAGAUCUAUUUCCAAGGGUAAUGGAACAUUUUAUCAAGUAUAGCUUAUCAUCUAAAGACAACCCUACAGUUCUAAUCAUGGAUAACCACGCCAGCCAUAUGUCGAUCGAAGCUAUCGACAUGGCAAAAAAUAAUGGGGUGACGAUCAUUACUUUGCCACCGCAUUGUAGUAACAGACUUCAACCUUUGGACGUCACAUGCUUUGCGCCUUUUAAAAAAUUCUAUUCAACGGCUAUAGAUAAUUGGAUGAAAAAUAAUCGAGGAAAAACUUUUUCGUUUUAUGAAAUAGCAGGUUGUGUCCGGUUUGCGCAUCAGAAGGCAAUGACGCCAGAAAACAUCACAAAAGGAUUUGAACGGUGUGGGAUUUAUCCCUUCAACAAAGAUAUUUUCUCCGAAGAAGAUUUUCUUUGCUGCUCUGUUACCGAUCGGCCUAACAUCAAUUAUGAUGAAGCGCAGCCUGACCAUAUUAUGUUGAGUGAUCAAAAUAAUAAUAAUGAUAUCAAUUCUGAUCAAGCAGGUCCCUCGCAACCUCAGGAAAAGAUAAAUAAUUCUUGUGAUGAAGCGGCAUCAACACAAAAAGACCCAACGCUUAAAAAAUUCAUUACCCCUGAGCAAAUAAAAGGCUAUCCAAAAGCGCCGCCUAGACAGAAAAAUGCAAGACCAAGAAAAAGGGGUCGAAGCAUGAUUCCCACUGAUACUCCAGAAAAAACUCUAAUCGAAAAUAAAGCAAAUGAAAAAAAAAAAUGA